CAUACACAUGCGCUAUUCGCUAUGCAUAUAUUAGUGACGGGAUGCCUCUAAAGUGUGGCCUCAAGUGUUUUAGUGGUUUUGGUCAGGUGCGCCAGAGAAGUUGAGGUGUGAAAUUAGGGAUCGCUACAACUCUCUGCCUAAACUUUCGGAUCGUCAGUGGCUUGAUACCCGCUAUUUCACUAAGCUGCUCGUGCCGUUGGUCGUCUUCAAGAAAGAGCGAUGAUGAAGUGGGUUAUCAUUUCACUCUGCCUAAAUGCGGUGGUGGACCUAGGCCAAGUCUCUGCAAGCAGAUACGAGCACAGGACGCGUGACCUCAUUCGACCCAAUCGUGACCUGGUGAGGCCCGAUCGCAUCGUUGGAGGAGAGCCCGUCAACAGGGGAGAGUUCCCGUGGCAGGUAUCCAUCCAACUGAAGUACGGCAGCGACACCCGCGGGAUGCACUUCUGCGGAGGUACCCUUGUAGGAGACUCGUGGGUCAUGACGGCUGCUCAUUGCACCAAGGACAUCGACUACAAAGACGUCGUUGUGGUGACAGGUGCUUGGGACCUGAAAGAACCCAACACCGAGUACAGAGUGUCCAAAGUCCUCGUGGCAGAUUACAACGUCCUCUCCUUGCAACACGACAUGGCUCUUCUUAAACUUGACUUAGAUCAUCCUGUGAACACGGUUUCAAGAGCAAACCAACAAGCCAUUCCAAUUGCCAUGGAAUCAAGGACCGAAGCUUCAGUAGGACAGAGGUGCGCCAUAUCGGGAUGGGGGAAGCUGCAGUCGGGAGGAAAGCUGCCCCAUGUGUUAAUGGCAGCUGAUGUCGAGGUGAAAUCUGACGCGGACUGUUCCCAAGCGUUUUCCAAUGGGAUAUUUACCGUGUUUCCCACGAACCUUUGCGCUGGAGGAGGCGAACGAGACGCUUGCCAGGGUGACUCUGGCGGACCUCUGGUGUGUUGCAACACGACUACUUCGGACGUCAGUUCCUGCAGGUUAUCUGGUGUGGUGUCGUGGGGCAUCGGCUGUGCUACCCCUGGUAUUCCUGGCGUUUAUACAGAAGUUGCCCAUUACAAGGAGUGGAUCAAAAGCGUCAUUCAAGAAGAAGACGGGGAAGAAGGCGUUAAAAGCCUCAGAUUUUUCGAGUGAAAAGUAACUCGUGGUCGUUUAGUUAGUUAUGAAUUUUGCUUCGAAGUUGACAGCUGGAGUAAGAAAUUUAUAAAUUGUAGCCUCUCCAUUUCAGAAAUUAGUUUUUAUUGUAAUUUUUUUCAUGUUUGUAGACUUAGAGAUCCAGAUUAACUCCUAAUGCAUUGUACUGUGUCAAACUUAUGCGACAUCACAGUUUCUGAAAAUUGUCUAAAUUUUUACCAGCUUAGUUUCAUUUGAUAGGCAGUGAUCAUGUACUUGAAUUUUUUGCAUAAAUCACUAGUCCUCGUGAAUCAAUUGCUCUACACUUUUCAUAACCAUAAAAACUAUUAUCUCACAAGCAAACGAAUGAAAAUCUAAAUGUUAAAAAUUGUUGAUAGGGCUAAAAAUUAUACGCUAUUUGAUUUGUGCUUUUACUAACUGACCACAUGACAUACCAUCGUA